AUGCCCGAGAUUAUCGGCAAGCUUUUGAAGUCCGACGGAAAGGUCGUCUCUGAGAUCGAGAAGCAAGUCUCUCAAGCCCUCAUCGAUUUGGAGACCAACGAUGACGUUCAGAGCCAAUUGAAGGAGCUUUACAUCGUCGGAGUUAAGGAGGUUGAGCUUGGAAACAAGUCCGCCAUCAUUAUCUACGUCCCAGUCCCACAACUCAAGGCCUUCCACAAGAUCCACCCAGCCCUCGUUCGUGAGUUGGAGAAGAAGUUCGGAGGAAGAGAUAUCCUUAUCCUUGCCAAGAGACGUAUCCUUCCAAAGCCACAAAGAGGAAGCAAGGCUAGACCACAAAAGCAGAAGAGACCGCGUUCCCGCACUCUCACCGCUGUCCACGAUGCUUGGCUUGAUGAGCUCGUCUACCCAGCCGAGGUUGUCGGAAGACGCAUUCGUGUGAAGUUGGACGGAAAGAAGGUCUACAAGGUACACCUCGACAAAUCCCACCAGACCAAUGUCGGACACAAGGUUGGAGUCUUCGCUUCGGUUUACCGCAAGCUCACCGGAAAGGAUGUCACCUUCGAAUUCCCAGACCCAAUUUUCUAA